CUACCUCCCCAUGUAUGGACUAUUCGCAACCAUCAUGGCGGCUUUACCAUCAACUUUAGUGUCACCCACUCGAGAUUCUGUGGAAAAUAGUAAAGUUCUGGUCGUCGGAGCGGGUGGAAUCGGCUGUGAACUGCUGAAGAACCUUGUCCUGACGAACUUCAAGUACAUAGAAGUGAUUGACUUGGAUACCAUCGAUGUCAGCAAUCUGAACCGACAGUUCCUCUUUCAAAAGCAACAUGUGGGCAAGUCCAAGGCACAGGUGGCCAAGGAUAGCGCCCUAAGAUUCAACCCAGAUUGCAAGAUCAUAGCCUAUCAUGACAGCAUUACCAAUCCAGACUAUGGAGUGGACUUCUUCAAGAAGUUUACCUUGGUCUUGAAUGCUCUUGAUAACAGAGCUGCCCGUAACCAUGUGAACCGUAUGUGCCUGGCUGCUGACGUCCCGUUGGUGGAAAGUGGCACCGCUGGAUACCUGGGGCAGGUCACUGUUAUCAAGAAGGGACUGACAGAAUGUUACGAGUGCGAGCCCAAACCUCCGCAGAAGACCUACCCAGGAUGCACCAUCAGAAACACGCCCUCCGAACCCAUCCACUGUAUCGUGUGGGCCAAGUAUCUCUUCAAUCAGCUGUUUGGUGAGGAGGAUGCAGACCAGGACGUGUCUCCAGACACAGAAGACCCAGAACUAGCAGGAGAGGCUGGAGAGAGAGCCUUACAAAAGGAGGCAGGAGAAAAUGCGAUUGGUGGAGGCAUACAGAGGACGUCCACACGGGCAUGGGCUGUCUCAACUGGGUAUGACGCAGCCAAGUUAUUCCACAAGUUGUUUCAUGAUGAUGUCAAGUACUUACUGUCCAUGGAGAAGUUGUGGCAAAAGAGACGACCACCAACGCCGCUAGACUGGAACAACCUGCCAGAAGAAAAUGGGACAGCUGAGGCGGACAGCAAUGCUCGCAUCCAGGACCAGCAGCUGUGGAGCAUCAGGAGGUGUGCUGCUGUCUUCAGGGACAGCAUUGAACAGCUGAAAGAACAGCUGGCUGCCAGGGGAGACGGGGCGGAGCUAGUGUGGGACAAGGAUGAUGAGGCGUCCAUGGACUUUGUAACCUGUGCUGCCAACAUCCGGGCACACAUCUUUGGGAUCCAAACCAAGACCAGGUUUGACAUCAAGUCUAUGGCAGGGAACAUUAUACCAGCUAUUGCCACUACAAAUGCAGUUAUAGCUGGUCUAAUAGUUAUGGAGGCACUCAAGAUACUUUCUGGGAACAUCAACAAAUGUAAAACUGUGUUUCUGAACAGACAACCCAACCCCAGGAAGAAGCUCCUGGUGCCCUGUAAGCUGGUCCCGCCCAACCCCAAGUGUUACGUGUGCUCGGCCAAGCCUGAGGUGUCCGUACAACUCAACAUCAACACCCUCACCGUCAAGACUCUGGAAGACAAGAUUAUCAAAGGCCAGUUUGGGAUGGUUGCACCUGAUGUGGAAAUAGACGAUGGGAAAGGGACCAUCCUUAUAUCUAGUGAAGAAGGGGAGACAGAAGCUAACAACAACAAACACCUGAGUGAGUUUGGAAUCAGGAGUGGCUCUCGACUGAAGGCCGACGACUUCCUCCAGAACUAUGAACUGGUCAUCAAUGUCAUCCAUGUGGAUCAGUUAGAAGAGGAUAAAGAGUUUGCAGUUGUUGGACAGACACCGGAGCCAGGUCCUCAACCUAACACACCCCAGCCCAGUACCAGUGCAAACGGCCCAACAGAACCACAACCUGGCACCUCCAAAGAUGUAGAAGAAGAGGAACUGAUGAUUGUAGAAGUAGAAGAAGAAGAAGACAAGACUCCACCAAGCAAAGCUACAACCGGAGUCAAACGGAAGACAUCGGACAGCAGCGAUCAGCCCGCGGCGAAAAAGGUUCGCCAAACGGCAACAGAGGAGGAAGAGGAAGAUGACAUCAUUGCACUGUAGUGUAGAGAGAUUUCAGUUCACACAUAGUAGAGAGUUCACACAUAUUAGUAGUACAUGUUGUACUUCCACCCAGUGUAUGCAAUAUUGGGGACAUCUGAGGCCUGGACAUGAUAGUCACUAGGAAUACAAUACAGAUCUUGAAUAACUUCCCAAUUUUUUCUUAGGCAUCAGCAAAAUCAAAAUCUCAAUGUUUUUCAGAAACAAAGUUGAAUAGGUGGACAACAUAACUGAAUUUCAAAUCAUUUCAACCCAAAAAGUACACUCUGAUAUACAAAACAUGCUUACCUAUUUUUUAUCUCAACAUUCAUACAUGUAUUCCCCACAGUGUACCUAUCAUGACUGGCAACCUGUUUGUUCCUGUUUGUUACAUUUACACAUUUUCUAUGUGGCAAUAAACAUAAGUAUACAGCUACAUCAGGCACACAAAUUUACUGUACACUCUCUUUUUGCAUAAGAAUUGUAAAGAAAAACUCAUUGUAACCCUAACAUAGACCAUAGAAUCAGGUAGUAGCUUGUGAACAGCAGCCAAUAUUGUUCAUGAUUCCUCAUCUUUUAUAAGAUACAUGUACCCUAUUAUAGGUAUUGUCACAGAAACGCAAUAUAUUGUGUCUUUUUGCAUCAAAUUUUUCCAAAAAAAUUUAAAAAAUUUUUUUCUAACAUACGUAGAUAAUAGAAUCAGGUUACUGUUACUGAUUUUCAAUGGGCAAUACUGUUGAUUCAUAAGUAUUUUGUGUAUAAGGUACCCAAUAAAUAUGUAUUGUCAUAGAAACACAUACUACACCUACAUGUAACCAAACCACUUUGUAGUCUAUAGCGGUAUAAACUGUACUUCACCCCAGAGUGAUCUAUUUUUGUACUGUAGUUGAAAGGAUGUACACUGUAUAAACAAUGUAUUGGGUAAGAGUAACGUUUCCCUCGGAAAAUCUUUGCUGGAAAAUUAUUUCUCCAAUUUGGCUGAAUCUCAUUAUUUUUCAGCCUGCGUUGUCAGUCUUGUUGUCAUGGAGUAGCCUGUAGUUCAAAUGGUAAUGACACCAAUUUACAACAAUUUCAGAUUAUGGUAUUUCGGUAACAGUAUUUAAAUCAACAACAAAACCACCACCCAAAACGAUACUUCUGCCCUUCCAAAAGAAGUGGUGUUCUAAACAAUACCCCCCAAAAGAAAAGAAGUGGUGUUCAAAACAAUACCCCCCGAAAGAAAAGCCACCCAAACAAAAGUUCCCCAUAAAAUGAGGCGCCACUCAAAACUAUAAUUCCCCCCAUAAAAGGCCACCCAAAACAAUACUUCCAUCACAGAAGUAAUGAUAUUCGUGUGAACCCUGUAUGAACCUAAUGGCAAAAGCACGGGGUAUAUAAUGUCCUUACAUGUAUAGAGUUGGGACCGCAUCCUUGUACCGCAACGCCACGCCCUAGGAAGGUACUAAGUAUAAUACUAGUAAUACAAUGUAACUGAUGAGUUAUUAAAACGUUGGCGGACUGUUACUUGCAUUCUCUUUGACUAUUCUUGCUUUCCAACUUUAUAUAAUGUUUUAGUUAAAUUUUUUCGUUCAUAGAAAUAAACAAGAAG